AGUCCCUCCCACCCUGGACUGUAUGUGUGGCUGCGUGUGUCGCUUCAUUUCCCUGUCUAGUUUCCUCCAUCUCCCUGCACCGCUCCCCUCCACAGCCACCGGCAGCAGGAUGGCAGCGGCGGCGCCCAACCCGGAGGACCCGGCCCGCAGCGGCCAGGGCGGCAGCGGCAGCGGCGGCCAGGGCGGCGGCGUGGCCGUGGGGGCCGGCACGGCCGGCGCCCUGGCCGGGGACGGGGACGCGGAGGAGGCCGAGGACUUCAGCUCGUCGUCGCACUGCGCGGAGCUGUCGCGGCGGCAGAACGAGCAGCGCAAGCAGGGCUUGUUCUGCGACGUGACGCUGGCCUUCAGCAGCGGCGCGGCGGCGGGGGGAGCGCAGACCUGCCAGUUCUCCGCGCACAGGUCGGUGCUGGCCGCGGCCACCGACUACUUCACCCCGCUGCUCAGCGGACAGUUCUCCGAGUCCCUGUCCGGCCGGGUGGACAUGAAGGAGUGGAGCUCCGAGAUGGGGCCGGACCCGGACACGGUGGAGAGCGUCAUCCAGUUCAUGUACACCGGGGAGAUUCGCGUCAGCACAUGCAAUGUGCACGAAGUGCUGGAGCUGGCCGACAGAUUCCUGCUGCUGCAGCUCAAAGAUUUCUGCGGUGAGUUCCUUAAGAAGAAGCUGAGCCUGACCAACUGCGUGGCGGUGCACAGUCUGGCCCACAUGUACACGUUGGAUCAGCUGGCUCUGAGGGCUGCAGACAUGAUCCGCCGCAACUUCCACAAGGUCAUCCAGGACGAGGAGUUCUACACGCUCCCCUUCCACCUGGUCCGCGACUGGCUCUCGGAUGCGGAGAUCACGGUGGAUUCGGAGGAGGUGCUGUUCGAGGCCGUGGUGAAGUGGGUGCAGAAGAACCCGGAGGACCGGAGCCGCUACUUCGAGGAGCUGUUCCGCCUCCUCAGACUGCCUCAGAUCAAACCCACCUACCUGACCAGGGUGGUGAAAAAUGAGCGACUGGUGGCGGCUAAUGAGGCCUGUCUCCAGCUGGUGUCAGAGGCCGUAGAGGGCCACGCCAUCCGCUUCGAAAACCUCAAAUCGGCAGAUAUGGAGUUCUGGUCCUCCCACACAGUCUCCUUUCAGCCUCGCUUCGGCCAGAAUAUGGAUGUGAUCAUGGUAGUGGGCGGGGUGUCCGAGGGGGGGGACUACCUCAGCGAGUGUGUGGGCUACUUCAUAUACGAGGACCGCUGGGUCAACCUGCCACACAUUCACAACCACCUGGACGGCCACGCCAUCGCCGCCACAGAGUCCCACGUCUACGUAGCCGGGUCGAUGGAGCCUGGCUUCGCUAAGACGGUGGAGCGCUACAACCCAAACCGCAACACCUGGGAGCAGGUGAGCAACCUGACCACACGCAAGCACUCCUUCGGCCUGACCUGCAUCAAGGACAUCCUGUACAGCAUCGGCGGCCACGGCAACUUCAGUCCCGGCUUCAAAGACGUCAGUGUGUAUGAGCCCGAGCAGGACAAGUGGCACAACCUGGAAUCGGCGCCCAAGAUCCUGCGGGAUGUGAAAGCGGUGAGCGUGGAGGAUCGGUACGUGUACAUCACGGCCCGCACGCCUGUGGAUACAGACAACGACGACGGACUGAAGACGGUGACCACUCGCUACGACACGGAGAGCCGCCAGUGGCAGGAUGUCGACUCCCUGCCGCGCAUCGACAACUACUGCACCUUCCAGAUGGCCGUGGCGUCCACUAACUUCUACCACACGGCGUCCUGCUGUCCCAAGAGCUACACGGUGAGGGACGAGGUCGCCCGGCAGACGAUUAGCGUCCGCAUCCCCGACGAGAUCCUGGAGAGCCUCCCGCCGGAGGUGACCAGCAUCGAAGGCGCCGCCAUCUGCCACUUUGACGAGGACGUCUUCAUCAUCGGAGGCUGGAAGAACAGCGACGACGUGGACAAGCAGUACCGCAAGGAGGCGUACCGCUACUGCGCCGAGAGGAAGCGCUGGAUGCUGCUGCCGCCCAUGCCCCAGCCGCGCUGCCGCGCCACCGCCUGCCACGUCCGCAUCCCGUACCGCUUCCUGUACGGCUGCCAGCGGUACCCCAUGCCCCAAAACCUGGCCCGCCAGAGAGAUCGCAUGCAGCAGAUGCAGCAGCUUCACAGGCGCACGCUCACCCUGCGCCGGCAGCUCCAGUCGCAGAUAGAGUGCUGAUCCGUUUCAGCGUCCGCCCCGGCUCUGUCCGAAGACUUCCAUCAAAACCGCCGUCUGCACCGCAGCCAUCACUGACGCCGUUAUCGUAACAUGCAGCAGUGGGUCUUGUCUUGCUCUCAUUUUAGAUUUCAUCCUUCUAAACUGUGUGGCAUUAGCCGUCACGCUGUGUUGUGCAAAUGACUGACUGAUUUUAUGAAAAGCCAUGAAAUGUGUAGACAAGUGUGUGCUGACCGGAGGGUGACCUGCGGGGAGGGGUAUGACAGAUGUAAACAUGUGAAUAAGAGUGUUAUAUAGCAGCCAAAAACUAAAUAAUGUAUGUUGGCAUAGAUGCUGAUUGACUAUUUGUAUAUAAAUAGUAUAAAGCUGUAUAUGUAUACAUUUAUAUUGAUAUUUUACAUUCCUUUGUUGUACGCCUAUAUGGAGAAGAUUAUGUGAUAUCAUUAACAGCGGCAUUCCAAUGUACUUAAUGAAGUCUUGUCAUUCCAUUGUAACACUGUGACAAUCUCAUGGAAGUGUAACAUCGGUCCAAAGUCUUAACUUACUUAAAUCAGAAAAGCUCUGCUUAAUAUUUUACAGCUUCGGCAUCUAAUGUGAAUUGAUACUGAGAAGCUGGUAUUGCAAAAUUCUGUUGAAAAACCUGCCCGUUCCUCUCAACAGCUCGACACUGCUUCUCAAUGUUUCUCAAGUGCUUAACUAUAAUAUCCCGAAAUAUGUGACAAGCUCUAAUUAAUUUUUUUUUUUUUUUUUUUUUCCCCUCCCAUUCCUGUCAUGUAACAUUCUAUCCCGCUGUUGCAUUUACUGACCAAAUCACCAGCAAUGGCUCAAUCAUUCCUUUCUUUGGCACUUUUGCAGUCUAUUUAUCUAUGUAGUCCCCGUUCAUUCCAGAAGAAAUGUAGGACGAUGUUUGUGUGAGCACGGGGGGGUUUAAGAAACGAGCUUGGAGGGAUUUUAAAGGAUAGCUAAUGCUUCCCUGGAAUUGCACUUUCUAUGACGACAAAUUGUAAAGUCUGAAAGAGGCAUCGAUGUUUAAGCUGCCACUGCACUUUGACUUUGCAUAUUUCUUUUGUGUCAUAUCAGACAAGGUGAUUGUAUUUUGGACUAGCUUCCACUAGCAACUAGCUUCCAGCAAGUAAGAUUUGAUCUUUGAACAGAUAUUAUCGAUAUUGAAAGAAUUGUUUCACACAUUAAAUAUCUUAACCUCGUUUUACCUUAGAUGACUUCCGGUUGAAUUUUUGACAUCUUGUAUAUUGUUGUUUUGUCUCAUGUUGCUCACCAAAGAGACUUGGAGAUGAGAUGAAAUGGAACCGGUCUUAAAGAGGAACAAAAGGGGAUUGUUAAAUGAAUGUGUUGUGACUGACAUUCAAAACUUCCAGCUAUGUGCAGCACUUACAAGCAACAAAGUUAUGUAAUGUAAAAAUUGAUAUUGAUUUCCACUUUAUGGCCAUCAUAAAUAGCACUGCAAAAGUUAAUUGAAAUAAGCUUUGUAUUUUGCUUUGCAUGUGAUAACCUGACAUUGUGUCUUUAUAUUGGAUGUAAGAAAUGCUGCUGUCAUCACCUGCAAUUAAAGUUGUUUUGUAACACAUGUGCA